AUGCUUCAGGGCCGGACUGUCGAGGAAUUCUCGCAGCUACCUCUGGUGCAACGCAAGUCUAUAUUCGGGCAACAUCUUGUUCAGCCUCAGCGGGUCAUCAUCGAGGAAGGCGAUGAUGGCCAUGAGAUGAAUCCUGCGAUUGCCAACGGAGUUCUGCUGCUUCAGCAGCUAUUCAUGGGCAAAGACGAGAAGGGGAAGCAGAUGAUAAAGGAGGCUCGUGAGGUGCACUAUGGCGAGAACGAGUUCUGGGUUAGACUACAUUGGCUGUGCGAGUUUCGGUGUGACCAAUAUGAUUUCGGCACAGUACUACCCAUCGCCCCACUAGCCCGACGUCUUAUCGUCGAGACAGACCUACACGACGGCUACGACGCGGAAAACGAUAUGGAUGAUAACCCGUUCUAUCCUCACGACGGCAUCGGUGAUAGGAAGGAAAACAUAGAUCCCAACCAUAUUCGACCCAGCGGAGAUAUCGUAGCAAGACGAACCCGGAAGCGUUUGGAGGAGCUCUUCUUAUUCGUCAACGCAGAGGAGAUCACGCUUGUGCUCCGUGGAGGUGGUCCAUCCGAUGGUAGCGAUGCAGCAACGCGUCAGACCAUCGCAGACAUAUCCGUCACAGUCAAACGGUUGAUAGAGUUCUUUGGCAAUCGCUUCGCUAUCGAGAAAUGGCCUAAGAACAGAUCUCGCUCAACUCGGAACUUAGUAUCCUAUUGGAACAAACCAACAGAUCUCACUAGACGGGAUGUAAAUGAAGGUAGGGCCUCGUUUCAGCAACAAAUGCAAAUGGACGUGGAGAGGUGGACGCGUGAGCCAGUCACAAUCAAGAGCCCAAGCUAG